AUGGGCAACUCUCGCCUUUACUCGUGGUUCCAGAAGUACACACAAGCUUGCAUCGGAACUGGUAACUGCCAGGACCGGAUCUUUGAGAUUUCUGAUAGCAGUUCAAUCUGGGUUUUCAACCUCAUUACCAAGGCCUCCUUGGAGAUGAUCAGCCCCAGCGGUGGCUUCUCGGCAUCGGAGGUGCAAAAGAUUCAGAGGUGCCUUUACGGUCCCGUUUAUGCUGACAUCAGCUUGGGUGAAUCCCAGUAAUUUAUUUAGUUUUUAUUCGACUACAUUGGCCUACAAACUUGCUUUGACUAGUGAAAUAAAUCGUUGACGA